CAAAAUAUAUUUAAAAAAAGAAAGAGAAGAAAGCCUUUUCCCUCCUAGGAUCGUGCCACGGAAUGAGUGACAUUCGCUGGCCAUGGGGGCGGGAUCACAGAUGAGCACUCAUUUCCUUGCCUUUCCAGCCUGUUCCCUGGCUGACCUCCUUUGAGUUGGUGGCGUCGCCCCCCCCAAAGAGGUGUCGUCUCGCUGUGCCUGCCCCCCCUUCCCCACCAGCCUUCUCCCUCUCCCGGCCAUGCGGCCCCACGUGGCCCUGCAGCCUCUGCCCUGGGCCCUGGGCCUCCCAGCACAAGCGGCCCCUUCAGGGGGCCUGGGGGCGCCCUCCUCACGCCACUGUCCCCACCUCUGUCACGGCCCCUCGCACCAGGUCGCUGUGAACUGUUUUGCCUUUUAAAACCAAAUAGUUCCCGGAGAAUUGCAUCAGCUUUGGUAUCUUACGGCCGCGUCUGGCGCACAGUAAACAUUUACUUACAGCCUCUGUCCCUUUACCCUCCUCCUUUCUUUGGGUUCUUGUUCAGUGUUGGCGUGACGCGAUGAAUAGCAUUAGAUGUCUGUUCAGUAAGUGCUGCCGAGGAAGGAGUGAGGACGGAAAGUGGGAGAAGCCCGGCCUCACACCCCUUGUCUCGGGAGCGAUGGAGACCCUGAAAGACAAGACCCUGCAGGAGCUGGAGGAGAUGCAGAACGACCCGGAGGCCAUCGACCGGCUGGCCCAGGAGGCCCCUGAGGUCCAGGACCUGCAGCUGGAGCGGGAGAUGGCGCUGGCCACCAACCGCAGCCUGGCCGAGCGGAACCUGGAGUUCCAGGGCCCCCUGGAGAUCAGCCGCUCGAAUCUCUCGGACAAGUACCAGGAGCUCCGGAAGCUUGUGGAACGGUGCCAGGAGCAGAAGGCCAAGCUGGAGAAGUUCUCGUCGGCGCUGCAGCCGGGGGCCCUGUUGGACCUGCUGCAGAUCGAGGGCAUGAAGAUAGAGGAAGAGUCUGAGGUGAGGUGGUCUGGCACCCCCUCCUUGAGCCCUUGUCCCGAGCGCCGGUGUCUGCAGGGGGCGAGGGCGCCUGAGUAGGUGGCAAAGAUGAGUCACACUCUUUGUCCCAAUGGAGGCCCUUUGGGAAGAG